GUCUUCACUGGAGUCUCUCGCUCAUCCAACUUCGGCUUUCACCAUCGCAGCCCCUCGAACUCGAAACACGAUCGCUUGUCCACGACCCGAAUACUAUAAGGUAUUAUAUGCAACACUAGCUUAGAACCCACCAUUAAGAUGCCGCCUCCGGCUCUCCAACGCUCAGCCCGAAGCUGGCGGGCCGCCGCUCCGCACAUCGCUCACAUCUCGGCAACAACCAGCUCCGCCGUCCUGCUCUCCCGCCGUGACCUCACCGUCAACGACGCCCAAAAAGUUACCCUCGGUAUCAUCGCCGCCUACGUCGUGGCCAUCGCCCUGCUCUGGAACCUGCCCUACGUCCGCUGGGUUCUCUGGCCAUUCAAAAUGCUCGUAAUAGCCUUCCACGAAUUCGGCCACGCCAUCUCGUGCGUCCUGACGGGCGGCCGCGUCAAGUCGAUCUCGCUCGACCCCCGCGAGGGCGGCGUGACACACAUGCAGGGCGGGUGCAACGCCAUCACGCUGCCCGCGGGGUACCUGGGCUCCUCGCUGAUCGGGGCGCUGCUGACAUUUGCCGGGUUCAACAUCAACGCGAGCAAGAUCGCGAGCAUCGUCGUCGGCGUCUGCUUCCUGCUGACGUUGUGGUGGGGCCGGCGGGACUGGCUGACGAUCGGCACAGUGCUGCUGGCGGUCGGGUUGCUGGUCGCGUGCUGGUUCAUCGCGCAUGCCGAGGCGCUGAGAUUCGUGGUGCUGUUUAUAGGCGUCAUGAGCUCGCUGUAUAGCGUGUGGGAUAUUUGUGACGAUCUCAUCCUGCGCAAGGUCAACAGCUCCGACGCCAGCGUGUUUGCCCAGCGCUAUGGCGGCUCGUCCCAGUGCUGGGGAGUUUUUUGGGUAAUAAUCUCGUGGGGAUUCAUGGCGUGCGGCAUCGUCGCUGGCAUCGCCGCGUUCCCGCAGUCUGCUGCGCAACAGAGGGAGGACUCUCAGCAUUUCAUACCUACCAAGAUUUAAAGGGCUAUUGCUUCUUUUAUUUCGUUUUCUGCUCAAUGUUGGUAAUGAGGACUGGGCGGGUUUGUGGCAUCUGGAAAUUCAGCGGGUGGCAAGGAGUUGGCAAGGGGCGGAUUUGAUGGCUUUGAUACCCACGGCGUUUUGGAUGGGGCAUCCAGGACGUUGACUCCUUUGUAUGAUGUUUUGGUCGGUAAUGACUCGCGCUGCUACGACGUUUGGGAGACCAUGAUAGACGGGGCAAGGGAAAAGGGAACAGCGGAAUCGAUAUGAGAAACCUUGCACCGCGAUUGGACUGCAAUACAUGUUUCCCUCGUACAUACCUUUGACCUCCCGGUAGAUGCUGGACCCAACUUCCACAUCUAGCCCCAAAAAGGACAAACCCAGAUAAAUCUUGAGCAUGUUAGAAAUGAAUUCUUUACAU